UUGAGCAGAGGAAAGAAACGUAUCGACACUGCAAACCAACGACGCCUUUCCUUCCUUGUUCCAUUUCUCUUUCUUUCUCUCUCUCUUUGCCGUCCCCAUUUUCCACACAAGGCCGGCCUUUUCCCUCUCCGAUCCCACAUCCACCCAGAUCCACUGACGGACGGAUUUCAUAUGGGAUCGCUCGGAUCUCUCGGCUGAUCGGUUUUGUUGCGGCGAUUUGGCUCUCUUUUGUGGGCGCGGCGAGGAAUCGCUCGGAUCCUGAGGCGACCAUCGGGUUCCCCGGUGAUUACGUAUGAACUGGUUCGUGAACCUGCGGUUGAAUUCGAAUUCCAAUCACUUCGUCUCCUGCCUGUUGAUUUUUGUUCUCCAUUACUCCCCCCAAUUGGCCCCAUCCAUCCUGAAUUCGAGGAGUCGUCGGAGCUUCAAUUGCCGGUCUCGUAGUUAUGGAGCAUCGAUUUGAGGGUAACCGUGACAAAAAAGCAUCAUUCUAUCAGAAGACUGAAGGAAGGCAAUCUCGCUCUCCUUCUGCCAUUGUCAUUGGUGGUGGAUUUGCAGGGAUUGCAGCUGCUCAUGCACUGAAAAAUGCAGCUUUUCAGGUUGUGCUUUUAGAAUCUCGGGAUAGAAUUGGUGGUCGAGUUCACACUGACUACUCAUUUGGUUUUCCUGUUGACAUGGGAGCAGCCUGGUUGCAUGGUGUCUGCAAUGAGAAUCCAUUGGCAUCUUGGAUUGGAAGACUUGGUCUACCGAUUUAUCGAACUUCUGGUGACAAUUCUGUCUUGUAUGAUCAUGACUUGGAGAGCUAUGCACUCUUUGAUGGUGAUGGACAUCAAGUGCCUCAAGAUCUAGUGGAAAAAGUUGGUAAGGUGUUUGAAACCAUUCUGGAAGAGGCUAACAAACUCAGGUAUGAAACAAAUGAAGACAUGUCUAUAGCACAAGCUAUUAAGCUAGUCAUGGAGAGGCAUUCAUAUUUAAGGCAAGAAGGGCUUGCAAAUAAUGUACUGCAGUGGUACCUGUGCCGAAUGGAAGGUUGGUUUGCUACUGAUGCUGACAACAUCUCACUAAAGAACUGGGACCAGGAAGUUUUGCUCCCUGGUGGUCACGGUCUGAUGGUCCGCGGUUACCGUCCUAUCAUUAACACACUUGCAAAAGGCCUUGAUAUUCGACUUAGACAUCGAGUAACAAAAAUUGUAUGGGGAACAAAGGGAGUAAAAGUCACUGUAAACCAUGACAAAACAUUUCAUGCUGAUGCUGCUAUUGUAACUGUUCCCCUUGGUGUUCUCAAGGCCAAAAUCAUCAACUUUGAACCAAGGCUUCCAGAUUGGAAAGAAGAAGCAAUAGACGGAAUUGGAGUUGGGACUGAGAACAAAAUUGUUCUGCAUUUUGACAAGGUUUUCUGGCCAAAUGUGGAGUUUCUUGGAGUUGUCUCAUCUAGUGCAUACGGUUGCAGCUAUUUUCUUAAUCUUCACAAGGCGACUGGCAAUCCUGUUCUUGUCUACAUGCCUGCAGGUCGUCUUGCUUAUGACAUUGAGAAAAUGUCUGAUGAAGAUGCUGCUAAAUUUGCUUUUAGUCAGCUAAAAAGAAUCCUCUCGGAUGCAUCUGAACCGAUUCAAUAUCUCGUGUCACACUGGGGGGUGGAUGAAAACUCACUUGGCUCGUAUAGCUACGACGCAGUUGGCAAACCUCGUGAAUAUUUCGAGAGAUUGCGCAUCCCUGUGGACAACCUCUUCUUUGCUGGAGAAGCUACAUGCAACAAGUAUACAGGCACUGUGCAUGGUGCUUUCUCCACCGGGUUGACUGCGGCUGAAGAGUGUCGGAUAAGAGUCUUAGAAAAAUAUGGAGACCCAGGCAGCCUAGAGAUGUUCCACCCAGCCAUGGGGGAAGUAGCUGCAUCAAUCUCUGUCCCGUUGCUCAUCUCCCGCAUGUAACAUGCCUAUCACCUAAUUUCUAAUGUUAGCAGAGGUAGUUCUCUAACCAUUCCAUUCAUUGCCUGAAAAUAUCUUAGGGAAGUUUAAGUUUUCCUUGGAACUUUUCGAGCAUUUGGUGUGGCUUAUGGGCUACAAUGUGACACGAGUUCGGUAUUAAAUUAAUAAAUGACAAGGAGUGUAAACCUCCUUGUUGAAAACCUUAUCAUAUGUACUCUCGAUGCUAAAUAAGAAACCUGUGUGUUGCUUAAA